AUGCUGAAAAACCCUCUUCGGGGCCUGUUGUUUAAACAAGGAAAUUUGCAUAAGAAAGUGGAGUGGCUGCGUGAGAAGUUGGAUUAUAUUCAACAAAAAAUUGAUCAGGAUCCGUCAAAUCUGGUUCUAAGGAAUGAAGAAGCUAUUUUAAGCCGAGAAUUUCAGGUUGUCUCUUUGGAUGAGGAGCGUUUUCUAAAACAAAAAUCCAAAGUGGAUUGGUUGAGAGCUGGAGAUAUGAAUUCGGCUUAUUUCCACUCUUCGUUGAAGGUUAGGAAUCAUUGUAGCUGGAUUGAUAUUAUUAAAGACUCGCAAGGGGUUGUCUAUGAGAAUGAUAAUGUCCCACAAGCUUUUGUUCACCAUUAUGAAAAUUUUUUGGGUUGUGAAGGAGAUAUUUCGCUCAGUCCGGCUCCGGAUUUAUUCAAUAAGGUUUUGAAUCCAGACACGGCUGCUCAUAUGAUCAGACAAGUCACAGAGGAAGAGGUAAAAUCGGCUAUGUUUUCUAUUGGCAUUGAUAAAGCACCAGGCCCUGAUGGGUUUACAACUGCAUUUUUUUAA